AUGAAGUUUUCAACUGUAUGUGCAUUUCUACCGGUAUUUGCCGGUGUCGGUCAUGGUUUCAACCCUCAAUCGAACCUGAGGCAAAUUUCUACCACCAAGUUGAUGGUGGCUUCAUCCACAGCUUCCAGCUCUGCAACAGCUUCCGAUGAAGGAGAAUGGAGUCCCACAUCUUGGCAGUCCAAAGUCGUCAGUCAGGCUCCAAACUACGAAGAUGAAGACGAGUUGAACGAUGCUAUCGAAAAGCUUGGAAAGUUUUCUCCCUUGGUGUUUGCAGGAGAAGUUCGUAUACUUCACGAGCAGCUCGCCAGAGCUUGCAGUGGACAAGGAUUCGUUCUUAUGGGUGGUGAUUGUGCUGAAGCCUUCGGCGAAUUUAAUGUUGACCAUGUUCGCGACUCUUUCCGUGUAAUUCUACAAAUGGCUUUGGUUCUGACAUUCGGUUCUGCCAUGCCUGUCAUCAAGAUCGGUCGAAUGGCAGGGCAGUUUGCGAAACCGCGUUCUGAUCCAGAUGAGGUCCGCGAUGGCGUUGCACUCCCUUCUUAUCGUGGUGAUAUCAUCAAUUCCGAAGAGUUCACCCCCGAAGCGCGUCGUCAUAACCCUUUCAACAUGGUAGAAGCUUACCACCAAAGUGCUCAAACUUUGAACAUUCUGCGUGCCUUCUCAACUGGUGGAUAUGCUGACAUUUCCCGGCUCCAUGCUUGGAACUUGGAUUUCGUCGAACAAACCGAUGAAGGCAGUAGGUACAGAAAAUUCGCUACCAAAGUCGAUGAAUCGUUGCGGUUCAUGAAAGCAAUUGGAGUGGACACUGCAUCGCCCUCUUUCACAAAGACAGACUUCUUCACAGCCCAUGAGUGCCUACUUCUUCCUUACGAACAAGCUCUAACCAGAAUGGACUCCACUACAGGACGUUGGUACGACUGCUCUUCCCACAUGCUCUGGGUCGGAGAAAGAACAAGGCAGAUGGAUGGUGGUCACCUUGAAUUCACUAGAGGCAUCGGAAAUCCUCUCGGCGUCAAGAUUUCUGACAAAUGCACUCCUGAGGAAUUGAUUGAAAUCAUCGAGACAAUGAAUCCACAGAACAUUCCCGGACGUCUCUCGAUUGUCGUUCGUAUGGGAGCAGAUAAAUUGAGGAAGAAUCUGCCUGGCCUAAUCCGUGCCGUUCAGCGUGAAGGGAAGUCUGUUUUGUGGAUUUCUGAUCCAGUUCAUGGAAAUACUCGCAAGACUGAGAAUGGCUACAAAACAAGAGAUUUCGAGAAGAUCCGAGCGGAACUUAGAGCUUUUUUCGAUGUCCACGACGACAUGGGUUCACACCCAGGAGGUGUGCAUCUUGAGAUGACCGGAGAGGAUGUCACUGAGUGUAUUGGAGGAUUCAGUGAUGUCACCGAAGAGACGCUUGGGAAUCGUUACAAUACUUUCUGUGACCCCCGUCUCAACGGAGCCCAGGCUCUCGAGCUUGCUUUCCUCAUUGCUGAGCGCAUGAGACUUCGUACCGGCUUGCCACCAAUUGAGUAA